AUGGCCGGCGAGAAAUCGAACGUCUUCUUGGAGAUCACUAUUGGCGGGAAGGAAGCGGGUCGGGUCGAGUUCAAGCUGUACGACGACGUUGCCCCCAAAACAGCAGCCAACUUCCGUGGCCUAUGCACCGGCUUCAAAGCGGACGGCACGACCCCCCUGCCCCCUAAAUUCGGGUACAAGGGCACGCUGUUCCACAGGGUCAUUCCGGGGUUUAUGGUCCAGGGUGGGGAUUUCGAGAAGGGGGAUGGGACGGGUGGGCAGAGUAUCUACGGGAGCAAGUUCGACGAUGAGAAGUUCGUCAAGAAGCACGACAAGAUCGGACUCCUAUCCAGCGCCAACGCCGGGCCCAACACCAACGGCAGUCAGUUCUUCAUGACGCUCGUCGAAAAGGCCGAGUGGCUCGACGGCAAGCACGUCGUCUUUGGCGAGAUCGUGUCCGGACUGGACGUCGUCAAGGCUAUUGAAAAGACGGGGAAUAAGGAGGGGAAGAUGCCAAGUAAGGACAAGGUGGCGAUGAUCAAGGACUGCGGAGCUGUCAAGGCUUAG